CCACCUCCUCCUGUCUCUCUCUCUCUCUCUCUCCACCCCAUCUCAGGCGGCGUGGAAUCCUGGCUGUGUUUAAUUGCCGAGUGGCAAGAUCUGAGGGAAAGAUCGGGAGCCACUGCGUCUGUCAACGCUUUACGAGCCCCAACCCCGGGAGAGAGAGACGGGGAAGGUGUAGGAAGGAAGUGUUUGGAGUUUGGGAACGGUUGAGCUGGGGAAUUUUUACGCAGUGGGUAGGUGAAGAAAGAGGUGAAAUGCUGAAGUAAGACUUCAGAGUUGGAGAAAAAAAAGAGGGAGGGAAAGAAAAGAGGCCCACCGUUGGAGAAAGGGCAAUGAGAGGGAAAAGUGGGAAAACAAGAGUAAGUUAGAAAAAGGAGGAAGGAAGGAAGGAAGGAAGGAAGGGGGAGGUGAGCGAAAAGUUAGAGAGGGAGAGACAAACGCAGUGAAUGAGAGGAGACGCAGAUGAGAAAAACAGACGCUGUGGAUGGCCUGGGUGGAGAGAGAACCAGUUGUUUUCUAAGUCGCCUUUCGGACUGGAAUGCACUCGGAGGAUUUGAGAUUCCCGACGCCUUACUGCCAAGUUUGCUUGCGACGCGCACCGGGCCCCGCAGACGGAUCAUGUCUGCGUAUGGAGUCUGGAGUAGCCCCGUUCCCAAAGGAGUUGGGGAUGGAGCGAGCGGAGAGGACUGGAGCAUCUCCGGUUAAUGCCGUAGAGAUCCGGCACCCGUGCUACAGGUGGGACUCGCCAUGCGUUCGGGAGAUCUGGCGGGAGUGCGGAUGUGUCCAGCGGUGGUUUUACCCAGAGUUGUUGCAUCCCUUCAACGGCGACCAUGUUUUGAAGGUCAGAGGUCACCAGUGCUACUCAUCCUACGUUCAGGAAUGGGACAACGUUCAUCAGCCUGAAUAUAACAGACAUUGCGAAAGGAGACGUGUGUCGUUCCGGCAUCACGAGGAGCGACCCAAGACUGGCAGACAAUCACACUGUAACGGGCCGAACUCUAAUCAGGUGGGUUUUUUCCCAACCGAGGUGCCCUCAAGUAAGCUGGGCCGCUCCAGGGCACUCGGGAACGGGCUGCAGGUGAACGGAUCGCAGCGGGAAGUAAGGACGUCUCGGGGGGACGAGGGUCUGGAGAAACAAGGCAAGCAGAGGAAGAGCCAGGGAACAGUACGGGAACAGAUCAAACAAGUGGUCACGGAGCUCGAGGAAGUGCUGGGUGGUCUCAAACAGGUCCAGUUGGAAAUGAAAGAGGUCGUCCAACAGAUUGACAUUCUGACGUCCAAUAUUGACCUUGGUGAAGACGAACCAAGUCCAUCCAAUGGACUCUCCCAAGAUGCAACCAAAAGCAGUCGAACUGGUGUUGUGGCAUUGAUCCACAAUUCAAACAGCGAAGAGGACAUGUCCACUUCCAAUUCCUCUCUCGCUCACAGCCCUGUCACUGUGGAUUUUGUUCACAUUAACAGUCCUUCACCGAUGACAAACUGCACAAAUCCAUCCCCUCCUGAGCAACGAUCUGUUACUGCUGAGGAUAAAGGCAAACGAGUUGUGAAACAGAGCUCAGAGACUCAAAGGACAGCCAAUGGAAACUGCCUACCUCAUCGAACAGCAAGGAAAGGCCAACUGGAAAACCACAGACCACCUGUAGCUCCAGCAGUGUGCACUAACUCAAAUAAAACCCAACGGCCUCCACCUUACCCUCAGAACGGACAGGUGAAGAUGAGGACACCCCCCUAUCCUGGAAAACAUAAGACCCUCUCCUCCACCGUAGUGUAAGGAUACAAAACUCACUUUCACAGAAACCCAAUCAUCAGUAAAGAGGACAACAUACGCAAACACAUCACACAUACUCAUAGAUACAUCGCACACAUGCUUAAUCGUUUACCAAGUAACUCAUCCAAAUGCUUCUUGGUGACGAAACUCAGGGGACUGAUGCCACACAACCCAGCUGACUCACACCGGAGGACGGAGAAUCCCAGGCCGAGGGGCAGUGACUGUAUUUCCCAUGGAAAACGCCAGAAGCAUCUCAAAGCCCUCUUUCUCUCUCACACCCCUGCUGGAAAAAAAGCCUAGUUUGGACCAACCUAAAGUCACCAUGAGAUGGCAUUGACAGCUCAAUUUACAUAUAUAGCCUAAUGUAUUUCUGAUUGAAAGUGUGAGAAGAGAGGAAAGUGUUUGGACAUGUGCUUGGAGGGGCAGGGUUAAAACGCAAGAGGGAUUUGUGAUGUCAGCUGAAUAGGAAAGUCGUUUCAGAGGCGGAGCAAGUUGUUUAAUUUUGUUGAAAGAUUAUGAAAACGGA